CCUGUGGUCAUUGCCAGAGACUGGUUUCUAGAUGUAUGCAAUAUGGCCGUCGAGUGGAACGAUACGGAGAUAGUAAGUUUGUCUAGUGAGAUCGACGACCAGCAGAAUUCAGAUUCGAUAGAUGUAAAGUCUGAACCUCCUAGCCCAGAGGAUGGAAACAAAACCAUUGAUUCUGAUGCCCUAGAUGAAUUAGAUUUUGACUCCUCGUCAUCUUCCAAGCAGAAUAGACGAUUUGCACAUAGCGUAGCAGAACAGAAGAGGAGGGAUGCAAUAAAAAAAGGCUAUGAUGAUUUGCAGUCAAUAGUGCCUACAUGUCAACAUAGCACCUCAGCGGGAUCCCCAAAACUCAGCAAAGCCAUUAUUCUGCAAAGAACAAUUGAAUAUGUGAGCUUCAUGCACCAUCAGAGAAAAAAACAUGAAGAAGAGCUUGAGAAACUGCGAAAGGAGGUCCUAGCACUGAAGAUCAUGAAACAGAAUUAUGAACAGAUUGCAAGGGCCCAUGCUGAUCAGCCAAUGUCAGGACAGCAAGUUUCAGAAGAGGCAAAGUUUAGUGUGUUCAAAGCCAUAUUGGAUAACCAGUUUGUCACAUUUGAUGGGACGGUGGUAGUGAAUGACUUUGACAGUCUAUCGUCUGGGAUAUUCCACUGGCUAGAGGAGUACUGCAAACCCCAGUAUUUCAUGGACACUGUCAUUAGAUCUUUAAGAACACUUAGCACACAAGGUGUGCUCCAAACAUAGCAGCAUUGAUGAACCUAGAAUCAAGUGUAGUCCUUAACGAUACCAGAGGCCAUGCACCAUACAUGUCCAAACGUACAGGACAACAACAGAUUUUUCUCUUGUCUUAUGGUGCAGUAAAUCCUACAGUACAAUAGAGACCAGAGUUCUCCCAUUAUUUGUAAGUCCCCGUGUAUGCGAGUAUCGCGUAUUUGUAAGUCCCCGUGUAUGCGAGUAUCCCGUAUUUGUAAGUCCCCGUAUAUGCGAGUAUCCCGUAUAAGUCCCCGUAUAUGCGAGUAUCCCGUAUUUGUAAGUCCCCGUAUAUGCGAGUAUCCCGUAUUUGUAAGUCCCAGUGUAUGCGAGUAUCCCGUAUUUGUAAGUCCCCGUGUAUGCGAGUAUCCCGUAUUUGUAAGUCCCCGUAUAUGCGAGUAUCCCGUAUAAGUCCCCGUAUAUGCGAGUAUCCCGUAUUUGUAAGUCCCCGUAUAUGCGAGUAUCCCGUAUUUGUAAGUCCCAGUGUAUGCGAGUAUCCCGUAUUUUUAAGUCCCCGUAUAUGCGAGUAUCCCGUAUUUGUAAGUCCCAGUGUAUGCGAGUAUCCCGUAUUUGUAAGUCCCCGUAUAUGCGAGUAUCCCGUAUUUGUAAGUCCCCGUAUAUGCGAGUAUCCCGUAUUUGUAAGCCUCCGUAUAUGCGAGUAUCCCGUAUUUGUAAGUCCCCGAUCCCGUAUUUGCAAUCCUGGUUAGAGUAGUACUAUGGGACUCUCAACAAUAUUCACUUGAAAUGUAUUUGGAGGUAUAUAACUAAUAAACAUGAUCAUAAUUGUUCCA